GGCAGUAUGGAGCUAGUCUGCGGCUGCUAUGAGCAGGUUCUUUUCAGGUUCAUGGUGCACAGGGAGCCUGGCCGGAGUGGCCAGAGCGAGAAAUGGACUCCCAUGGCUGACUUUACCCACCAUGGCCAUGCUGCCUCCUUGUCAGCAGUGGCUGUAAAUAACUGUUUCGUGGUUACUGGAAGCAAAGAUGAAACAAUUCACAUCUAUGAUAUGAAAAAAAAGGUAGCACAUGGAGCAUUGAUGCAUCAUAAUGGCACAAUAAAUUGCCUGAAAUUUUUUGGUAAUGGGCACUUAAUUAGUGGAGGAGAAGAUGGACUAAUUUGUGUUUGGGAUGGAAAGAGAUGGGACUGCUUGAAGUCUAUUAAAGCACACAAGGGACAUGUGACUUCCCUUUCUGCUCAUCCAUCUGGCAAAUUAGCACUGUCAGUGGGAACAGACAAGACAUUACAAACAUGGAAUCUUAUUGAAGGAAGAUCGGCAUUCAUAAAAAAUAUAAAACAAAAUGCUUACAUAGUUGAAUGGUCCCCUAGUGGAGAGAAGUAUAUAGUUGUCACAAUAAACAAGAUAGACAUCUACCAACUUGAAACUGCAUCCAUUAUUGGUACCAUCACUACUGCAAAGAGAAUUUCUUCUGUUCCAUUUAUUUCAGAUUCCAUACUUGCUGUGGCUGGAGAUGAAGAAAUUGUAAGGUUGUUUGACUAUGAUUCACUAAAAUGUCUCUGUGAAUUUAAGGCUCAUGAAAACAGAGUAAAAGACGUGUGCAGCUUUGAAGUCCCAGAGCAUCAUGUUAUUGUUAUAGCAUCGACUGAUGGCUUCAUCAAAAUGUGGAGGCAUAAUCCAACUAAGAAGGCUCCCCCAUCUUUACUAUGUGAAGUAAACACUAAAGCCAGACUCACCUGCCUUGGAGUAUGGCUAGACAGCGUUACAGACACCAAAGACCAGCUUCCUACAGCUGCAGCCCCUUCUCCUGUAAACAAAGAAGAAUGAGAGUUCAAAACUAGCCCCCCAAAAUCUGAUGAUUCAGCAGG